AUGGCUGUGAGAGAUGGCGGCGUCUCAUACUACCCGACGAACAGCCUGAUUUCCAAGAAAUCACCGAAGCACUACCGCAUCCCUGUUCGAUCCCAGUGCGUCUUUCUCGCCGCCCACUCUUCGCGCGCUCGCAUGCGAGGAAUGCUCACUAAUCCCCUCACCAGACACUGGCAACUGCGAUCGCUCAUCAGCGCUGAGAAGCAGAACCUCGUUUACUUUCCCGGGGGCGCUGGUAGCAACCACAUCCAACGGCUUAACACUACAACCAGAGAAUGCGAAACCGUCAGGUUUCUCUCCUUUUCGCCACGAUGCCUAGUCUCCGAAAAUGGCUGGGUGUGCUGUGGGGGAGAGACAGGCGAGUUCACGGCGAUUCAGACAGACAGCGCCGGCGACGAUGAUACCAACCUUGACCUCUCACUUAAUCUAGAACCCGACGCUCGACUGCCUCUCGGGCUUGACUCCGACUCUGUUCGACCCGAAGAUAAUGUCUUGUCCCUCCUCAGCCAAUCGCGGCGGACGAAUAUGAGCAGCAGAAUUAACAAGAGCGUCAUUGCCAAGAGCCAGAAGCUGGCGCGCGACCGCGUCAACUGUAUAACAAUGUGGUUUCCGCCAGCCGCCGGUCCGAUGCAUCAUGGUGCCUACGCCGAGCCUGCUGCUGUUCUUGCCAACAACGAUAAGACGGUUGUCCUGGUUGGGUUGCGCAACUUUGAAAGCCAGGAGAAGGUCGAGCCGUUGGAUGUCGUAACGUACCCGGAUUAUGUCAACCGCGCCAUCAUCUCACCCGAUGGCCGUCUUCUAGUAGCAAUCCUCGACGACCCGUUCUUGUACAUCCACCACCGUGUGGAGGCAACCAUUGACGAGAACGGUCCAUUUAGGAGUGAGGACAAGAUGGAGUAUCGUUGGGAGCUAUGCGACAAGAUCCUACUCAAGAGCCAGCGCAGAGAUGACGGAUCCGACAGCAGAGGGAGUUUUGCAGCAUGUUUCUCCAACACCGGGGCUUACCUGGCCGUGGGGACACAGUACGGCACCAUCUCGGUGUUCGAUGUCGAGAGCCUUACUGACCCUGAUGUCGCCGAUCCCUUGCUGACCUCCUUUACGUCAUCGCGUCCGAUGGUUGGAUCUGGCGCUGUCCGUGAUAUGGCCUUCUGCCCCGGUCCGUACGAUCUUCUGGCUUGGACCGAAGACCGCGGCCAUAUUGGCGUUGCAGAUCUAAGAAGCGGCUUCGUGCAGCGUCAAAUCCUAGACAUUAGUGCGACGGACGACUACGAUCACAUCACCAUCAUCGAUCGGGCCACGAUCGACCCUCGACUGCUCGAGGGUCGCGGCGAACCAAAUGACACACUCUCCUCGAUCCUGCCAGACGCCGCUGAGAUUCGUCGGCGGCGUGGCGACGGUCCAGGCGGUCGCCACCAUAUGGUCCGUAUGCCCGACGAGACGCGGGUGCUCGAGGCCAUGCAAGAGGAGCGGAGGAGGAGUGAACAGAGAGACCGAAUUUCAGCCCGAAUGGCAGAGCAAGGGACACAGCAAUCGCCCAUGCAAUUUUUUGGAGGGAUGCCCCCCUUAGGAGGGAGAGGUACUCGUAUCGACGCUGAGAUCUUGGCGCGGGCACGGAACGGCAGCGCGGCACGUAGAGAACAGACUGCCCCGAUGCGAACAACCCGAGAGCGGAUGGCUGUCGAGCCCAGCGAGCCGAGCGACGACGCCAACCAGAACGUAUCCAUGGCCAUUGGCGACCUCUUGGGCAACAUCCGCGACUCGAGAGAACGAGCGCAAGAACGCAUACGCACCGCUCAGCGGCUCAUUCUGCAAUCUAACAGCGACCGGGAGCGGAUGCUGGACCUGGCGAAUCCCUAUGCACCAAGGCGUUCGGCAAACAUACGGCCAGGUGACACUUCGGAGGCGGCACAGCGCGGAACAGGUGGCCUGCGCAGCCUGACGUCUUCCGGGAGUGGCUGGGCGGACCUCGAGGCGCUCUACAGCCUUUCGUUUGAGAGCAACAUCCAGGAUCUGCGGCAAGCCGUGAGGGACCGCGGCAUGGAUCGGGAACGCGCUUCGAUACUGCCACUGCUCAACUCGGUUGCGAUUCGUGAUCUGGAAGAGCGCAACAGCCGUCGGCGCAUCGUGCUCGAACACGGUGUGCAUGAGGCUCCCCCUGAGCCCGAUAACACCGCUGGUAUCUCAUGGAGCGAGGAUGGCAGAACUUUGUACGUGGGAGCCGAAAACGGCAUCUACGAGUUUCACGUUGAUGUCCAGGGCCGCAAAUUCCACCCCAGCUUGACGCUGCGGUAA